AUGUUUGGACAAAAAAAACCACGAUAUAAUCAUAAAGAAAAAGAAAGGCAUUGUGACUUUAAAUUUGUUCCAGAAUCUCCAUGCAAAUUAGUUGAUUUCCUUGGAGGCGUUAAUUAUACACCUUCUCAAGAUAAUAAGGAAAUUUUUAACUGUUCCGUAGGUUUCUUUCGGAACAUAUUGUCAGAAAUUGAAAUAGAGAAAGGAUGGGAACAUUUUAAAUUUUUCAUCAUUCAAGAUUGUAUCAAAAAUGGCAGCGGAGGAUUUUCGGUGGGGAUUUCUCGGACGCAGAGCGGAAGACAUCCACCGAGAAAAAGAAUAAAUUGCCUUUCAUGUGAUUCAGAAUCAGAAACAAACAAGGUUUCAAGAAUUAAUUUUCCAUCAACCACAAGUGAUGAUACUAAAAAACUUUGCAAUAUUUGGCUUGACGCAAAAGCAAGGCCAAUGUUUAUAAUAACACCUGUCCGGCAUGUUGAGAGGCUUUCUGAGUGUACUGAUGAUGAAUUAUUUUCAAUAUUUCAUCUUGCAACGCAAAUAAUUGACGAAGAGAUGAAAGUUUCUAAAGCGCCGUGGGAAGAUUUAAGAUUUCUUCGAAUGACAUUAAAUCAUGGUAAUUCGAGAAACAUUGAACAUUUACAUCUUAAAAUCACAAUAAGAAAUCAAGAUUUUAAGUAUUUUAGAGAUCAUGGAUGGGAUGAUGUAAAAAAACGAAAUUUUAGAAUUUUAGAAGCUAACAAAACACCAGAACAAAGUGAAACACAUAAAAGACAACACAGAGAAUUGAGAGCACGAAAUUCUGAACGCGUCGUUACAACUUUACUAGCACAAUCUUCUAAUACUGUACAAGCGAAUUUUACCCAACCAACUUCUAAAAAUACUAAUUCUUUUUCACCCUUAGAACUUAAUAAGCACUGUUCAGAAAAAUAUUCUCUUGCACAUUCUGUUUCAAGUGUCCCGAUGGUGAAUUCUGAAUGCGUCGUUACUACUUUACCUGAACAGUCUUCGUAUACACAAGUAAAUUUUUCUCAAACAACUUCUAAUAUUACUAAUUCUUUUUUGUUCCCAGAACUAAAUAGGCAACCCUCAGAAAUGUCUUCUCUUGCGCAUUCUGUUUUAAAUAUCUCAAUGGCAGAGUCUAAAUGCGUCGUUACUACUUUACCUAAGCAGUCUUCUCACACAGUACAAGCUAAUUUUACUCAAACAACUUCUAAUAGUAUUAAUUCUUUUUUGUUUCUAAAACUAAAUAGUCAACCCUCUGAAAUGUCUUCUUUUGCGUAUUCUGUUUCAAAUGUCUCUGUGGCGGAUGUUUCUAUUUCUAUACCUAUUUCACAAUCUGUUUCGGUUCUAAAAGCAAGAGUGUAUCCUUUUAAUUCAAGCGGGCUAUUGCAUUAUAAUCUAGGAAGAAUGAGUUAUUCAUGUGUUUACUGUGGUGCAUUAAAAUGGCUUGAUGAACAAUGCUCAAACUCACCUAAACGAAAGGCUAUGCUUCCAUCUCUACAAGAGCCACCACCAUUAUUAAAGGCAUAUCUUACAGAGAAUAAUGCUAGAUCAUGCGAAUUUAGAAAUAAUAUACGUGUUUACAAUUCUGCUCUAGCUUUUACUUCAGUUGGUGCUAAAAUUGAUGAAUGUAUUACUAGAACAAGAGGCUCUUAUAGCUUCUGCAUACAUGGUGAAAUGUAUCAUCAGAUUGGGUCUCUCAUUCCUUAUUCAACUACUGAUCCUCCUUUGUUUGUGCAAAUCUAUUUUUAUGAUACAGAAAAUGAAACUCAAAAUAGGCAUAAUAUAAUGCCUUCUUUGGACAAGAUAACACUUACUAACCUUCAAAACAUGCUUCAUGAUGUUAACCCUUAUGUUCAAGUUUUUAGACAAACAGGUACUCUCAUACGUCAAAAUCAAUAUCAGAGUUUGACAAUGAUAAUUAAAGAUUCUAGAGAUGUGGAUUCUCGAUAUUAUAAUGUUCCAUCUGCUUUUGAAAUUGCAGCUAUUAUGGUUGGAGAUAAUACUGAUAACUCUACAAUAUGCAAUCAUGAUAUUGUACUUCAUUCACAUGCUGGUGGUUUACAGUGUAUAUCUGAACUAUAUCGAGCCUAUGCUCCAUUACAUUAUGUUCUUUUGUUUCUCCAAGGUGAAGAUGGAUGGCAUCCGAAAAUUUCUCUUUAUAGCAUAACUGAUGAUCAAACUCAACCAGAUGUCAAAGAUGUUUUAGCAGAUCUAGAGAGGGUAUAA